GCCUUGUCACCCGGAUGUAGUUAGCGCAAUACAAACAAGCUUUGCUCACUAGCUAGCAAGUAAAGGACUAUUUACUGUUGCAGGUAAGGGAUCUGAGAGCCAGCCCUCUUGGCAAAAGAAUCAAUGUCCCUCUCGAGUGAAAACGAGUAUGUUCUCAAGAUCACCAGGCUUUCCCCAUAAACAAAGGCAAAACAAUGGUCUGCUUAGUCAAUUCCCAGUACCACCCAUCUUCUCCCCGCAGCAACUUGUCGAGGUUCAGAGGAACCGAACGAACUCAAAUUCCCAUGGACUCCCAUUUUGUUUGCCUGUCAUCCCCACCUAUCAGUGGAAUCAUGCUUCCAGCACGCCGCCUCCUGUUCUACAUGGAUCUCCACUAGCGAAGGGCAGAAAGAGGAGGGGUGAUGACCAUGGCCAGUUUGAAUUGAAGAGGCAGUGCUACAGCCCUCCAGGCCUCUACGUCAGACCACUAGCCAAAGCAUCAGGUUCCCCCCUACCCAACCGACUGCAAACAGACAGGGCGGCAGUCACCCAUCCUAGUAGUCCCCGCCAGGCCAGUUCUCCUCUGUUGUCCCCUAGACCAGCGAGUUGUUUGCCAUCUUUUGGAGAGGCGUCUCAGGAUAGUGACCUGAUACGUCUGCAGUCCGCUGCCAAGGAUAAGCUGAGUCAGCAGAUUCUGGAGCUUUACCUGUCGUGCCAGCAACAAGAUGACGACCUGGAGAAGAAGGAGCUCUGUCGAGCACAGCUGCAGAGGGAUAUCCAGAGGCUCUUUCCAUUUUCAAGGAUUUACCUGGCUGGGUCUUCUCUCAAUGGCUUUGGGAGCAGAAGUAGUGAUGCAGACUUGUGUCUUGUCAUUCAAGAGGGAUCUGUAAACCAGAAACAAGAUGCUGUACAUGUGCUUAGUCUUGUUCAGAAGUUGUGUUACACACUAUCUUACAUUGACAGACCUCAGGUCAUCCGAGCAAAAGUGCCCAUCAUGAGGUUUAGAGACAAAAUAAGUGGUGUGGAGUUUGAUUUGAACGUCAACAAUAUUGUUGGGAUCAGAAAUACUUUUCUACUAAGGUCUUAUGCAUACAUUGAGAGACGGGUCCGUCCCAUUGUCCUCGUUAUAAAGAAGUGGGCGGGCUACUACAGGAUCAAUGACGCGAGUCGUGGGACGCUGAGCAGCUACACACUUGUCCUGAUGGCCCUUCAUUACCUCCAGACCCUGCCCCAGCCUGUCAUUCCUUGCCUUCAGAUGGAUUACCCAGAGUGCUUCAACCCCUCCAUGGAUAUCCACCUAGUGCCGAAUGGACCAAGGAACAUACCUCCCUUCAUCUCCAAGAACCAGUCCACACUGGGGGAAUUAUUUCUGGGCUUCCUGAAGUAUUAUGCUACUGUUUUCACAUGGGAUAAGUACGUCAUCUCAGUGCGUCAGGCCAAAGCCAUCCCCAAGACCAACUGCACAGAUUGGAGGAAGUUCAUCUGUGUGGAGGAGCCAUUUGAUGGGUCGAAUACAGCCAGAGCAGUUCAUGAGAAGGACAAGUUUGAAGCCAUCAAAUCCCAGUUCCAUGCGUCCUGGCAGGUACUGCAGCUGAGGAAGGACCUGAACUCAGUUCUGCCCCUGCGACAGUCCAAGCAGAAGAGAUAAUGGACUUCCCAUCCAUGCCCUCUGGACAUGUCAAGCUGCUCUUGAAAUAAAUCAUUUGGAGGUUGCAAAAUCACGCUGUGUGCUUUUGGAAUGAUGAGAAGGUGCUGAAGCUAUCAACUGUGCAUCAGCAACUGCUCUGACUGGUUAUGAUGUUUUGGUCCUCCUUGGAAAGUGAAACCAAGUUGUUAUGUGGCACACAGCGUGUAUGUCAAUAAAGUGGAGGUCUGGCCGUUAAGUGAAUGCAUUCAAGUGGCAGAGACCUUUCAGAAGGUUUUCACAUUAGAAGCUGCAUCUCCUCCCAGUGUUUCAAUCUCAUCUAGUGUUCAACCUGAGAAUUCUGGAAUGCUUCUGAGGCUCAGCUGAGCUGUACAAAGUUAUUUCUGGUUUAUUUUCUUUCGUAUUCCCACAGAGGAAUUACGUUUAAUGUAAAUAUCAGUUGUGAGAGGGUGCAUUUUGCUUUGGGAAAGGCAUGGGAGGCUCUGUUCUUAUUUGUAUCUUAUUCCAACUCCAAAUUUUCAGACACACCAGGUGUACACGGACUCUCAUUUGGAGGGCUGCAGUUCACUCCUUUUACCAGUGAAGUUUAUGGGGUGUUUGUUCCUUUUUGUACUUUUGUACAAUCUUUUAUGUGUGUAUUUAAUGAAUUAAAUUUAUGAAGCUG